AUGUGUGAACCUGAUGCAUUCAUUCCGCAUAAUCCCCGCAUCCCCAUGAUGAUAGCUGCUUUGUUCUCUUUUUCAAUGGAGGACUCGACUCACAUCAUCAAACACUACACCAUUCAACAGGAUACUUCCUGUGUCCCCACGAUUGAACAGAAUACUUCCUGUGUCACCACCAUUGAGCAGUAUACUUCCUGUGUCAUCACCACUGAGCGGGAUACUUCCUGUGUCACCACCAUUGAGCAGGAUACUUCCUGUGUCCCCACCAUUGAGCGGGAUACUUCCUGUGUCCCCACCAUUGAGCGGGAUAAUUCCUGUGUCAUCACCAUUGAACAGGAUGCUUCCUGUGUCCCCAUCGUUAAGCAGGAUACUUCUUGUGUCCCCACCAUGGAGCAGGAUAUUUCCUGUGUCAUCACCAUUGAGUGGAAUACUUCCUGUGUCCCCACCAUUGAGUGGGAUACUUCCUGUGUCAUCACCAUUGAGCAGGAUACUUCCUGUGUCCCCAUCAUUCAGCAGGAUACUUCCUGUGUCUUCACCAUUGAGUGGGAUACUUCCUGUGUCCCCACCAUUGAACAGGAUACUUCCUGUGUCCCCACCAUUGAGCGGGAUACUUCCUGUGUCUUCACCAUUGAGCGGGAUACUUCCUGUGUCUUCACCAUUGAGUGGGAUACUUCCUGUGUCCCCACCAUUGAGCGGGAUACUUCCUGUGUCUUCACCAUUGAGCGGGAUACUUCCUGUGUCACCAUUAUUGAACAGGAUACUUCCUGUGUUCCCAUCAUUGAACAGGAUACUUCCUGUGUCAUCACCAUUGAACAGGAUACUUCCUGUGUCAUCACCAUUGAACAGGAUACUUCGUGUAUCAUCACCAUUGAGCGGGAUACUUCCUGUGUCAUCGCCUUUGAGUGGGAUACUUCCUGUGUCACCACCUUUGAACAGGAUGCUUCCUGUGUCCCCACCAUUGAGCAGGAUACUUCCUGUGUCACCAUUGAGCAGGAUAUUUCCUGUGUCCCCAUCAUUGAACAGAAUACUUCCUGUGUCCCCACCAUUGAGCAGGAUACUUCCUGUGUCACCAUUGAGCAGGAUACUUCCUGUGUCACCACCAUUGAGCAGGAUACUUCCUAUGUCACCAUCAUUGAGCAGGAUACUUCCUGUGUCCCCAUCAUUGAGCAGGAUACUUCCUGUGUCCCCACCAUUGAACAGGAUACUUCCUGUGUCACCACCAUUGAACAGGAUACUUCCUGUGUCACCACCAUGAGUGGGAUACUUCCUGAUACUUCCUGUGUCAUCACCAUUGAGUGGGAUAUUUCCUGUGUCCCCAUCAUUGAGCAGGAUACUUCCUGUGUCCCCAUCAUUGAGCAGGAUACAUCCUGUGUACCCAUCAUUGAACAGGAUUCUUCCUAUAUCAUCACUAUUGAGUGGGAUACUUCCUGUGAUACUUCCUGUGUCAUCACCAUUGAGUGGGUUACUUCCUGUUUCCCCACCAUUGAGCGGGAUACUUCCUGUGUCCCCACCAUUGAACAGGAUACUUCCUGUGUCCCCACCAUUGAGCAGGAUACUUGCUGUGUCACCACCAUUGAGCAGGAUACUUCCUGUGUCCCUAUCAUUGAACAGAAUACUUCCUGUGUCAUCACCAUUGAGUGGGAUACUUCCUGUGUCCCCACCAUUGAAUAG